CAAGGCGGAGCAUCCGCUAAAGGCGCGGAGCACAGAUCCCCGAGCAGAGCUGCGCCCACUGGAAGGGAGUGGGAGACGAGGAUUGCGCCGUCCCCGCGCGCCAGCCCGCGUACGCGCCUCUCCCGCACCGCUACCCCUGCUGGCCCCAGCCCGGCACGACCGGCAGCAAUGCAGCCUCAGGGCUGAAGCGGCCCCGUGGCAAAGCCCGAGUCCCCGCGCUACGGGCAACGACGGCGCAUGGAGACCUUCCGGAAGGUGCGCUCAGAGGAGGCUCCGGUGGGGGGCGGGGCCGAGGAGGGCGGCCCCGGCUCCGGCCUCUUCGGCGACCUGGCGCCGGGCGCCGUGCACAUGCGAGUGAAGGAGGGCAGCAAGAUCCGGAACCUGCUGGCUUUCGCCACGGCCCGCAUGGCGCAGCCAGCCACGCGCGCCAUCGUCUUCAGCGGCUGCGGUCGGGCCACCACCAAGACCGUCACGUGCGCCGAGAUCCUCAAGCGCCGCCUGGCCGGCCUGCAUCAGGUCACGCGGCUGCGCUACCGGAGCGUGCGCGAGGUGUGGCAGAGCCUCCCGCCUGGGCCCGCACCGGGUCAGAAGCCCGGUGAGCCAGUCGCCAGCCUCAGUGUACUUAAAAACGUGCCCAGCCUCGCCAUCCUACUUUCCAAGGAUGCUCUGGAUCCGCGCCAACUUGGCUACCAACCCCCGAACCCUCAUCCUGGCCCUUCGUCCCAGCCAACCGCGCCAGUGUGCAAGAGGAGCCGUGGGGACCCUGCAGCCGGAGAAGGCUCCGCGAAACGGGCACACACUGAGCCAGGCGCUGCUGAAGAGAACUGGACGGCCUGAGAACUCCGGGCUCUGGGUCACCCGGACUGCUGGGUCUUACCCCCAGGGCCUCGACCUUUUGAUGCACGUCCAGUCUUUCAUGCCCCGGUACCUCGAAAUUCGCAAUAUGGACACAGACCCUCUCUGACUGGCAGCACGGACCCCAGAGGAGUUCGUGGGAUGAUUGCUCCUCCACCUGUGUUGCCUGAAGACGCAGAACUCCACCUUCAGCUUUUCUGAGCCAUACUGGGACCUUCCUCGGGGAAGGAAUGGUGGGCAGUGGGACUGUUGAGUCUUGCUCCGGACAACCCAUGGGUUAGACACCCAGCACUCAUGAGGGGAUCCCAGAGUGUGGAAGCCCAGUAGAGCUCUUGGCAGCAUCCCCGUCACUGGCAACAGAGGGCAAGGAGUGAGAAAUCAACUGCUUGGGGAGGGCAGGGGGGUCUGAGAUGUGUGUGGUGUGGAGGGGGCCUGUUCUGUCCCUCACUCCAGGAUACAGUUUCCUUUCUAGUUUUCCUUCCCUGCUUUUAAGGAGCAUCCUGUGAUGUGCAGGCACUGAUGUCUCCAUGGGUUUUAGCUCUUCUGACAACAUCCCCCCUUCCCCAUACUGGGCCAGAGGGAAAGACCCUGGAUAGAACUCUCCAUGUCUCCUCCCCUGAGCACCACAGCUGGAGUGUUGCUUCCAAUCAAACUUGAAAAUACCUCUAUCCCCAGGUUUUUUCCUGACCCCUUACCUGUCUAGCAGAUACUGCUCUGGCCUGCCCCCUUGGUCUCAGUCCCUUCUAGCCUAGAGUCAGCCUUUGGAGUCUUCAGGGUCAGGCACAGAGACUGAGCAGCUUCAAAAUCAUGCAAAGGGCACUCUGCCCAGUCCCUGGCUUCUCCCUGUACCCAGCCCUCCUUGACUGGCUCCGACCUCAGGGGCGUGUCACUGGAAGCAGGCCUUUGUCCCCUUGUGUAUCACCACUAAGGGAAAGGGAGCAGCGCAUCGCUCUUUGGGAGGAGAAGGAAGGCAUGCAUUGAUGAACUCUCCUCAGGAUCACUGACAAGGGUGGCAAGCCCCACCGGGGUCCCUAAGCCCCCUGCCAAUAGACAGCCUUGCCCAGAAGGCUGGCACAAAGCCCCCCAUCCCCAUGGAUAGGAUAUCCCCUUCACUGCUGUCUCUGAGAAAGGACAGCACCCUCUGGGGACAGGAGAGACAGCACAAAUCCACUGCUGGAAAUUACUAUUCAGCAGAGAAUCUGGGACUUGGACUGUGAAUCACUGCAGGCUCCCUGAUAGGCUGCUGCCUCCAGCCCUGCACAGCUGUCUGUUGAGAGAUAACGGCCUCUCUGCCCAGCUCCAAGUCAGCUGCUCGUGGGGUGGGGGUGGGAGGCAGAUGGGAGGUGCUGUGGGCUGGAAGAACUCUUUCUGGUAAGGGAAUGGACACACAACCCCAGGAUCUCAAGCAAACCCCACCCUAUGCAACUCAACAGCCACCCUUGGAAAGGAAGAAAUGGAGAAGAAUUUAAGUCACUUUGCUGGCAGAACCCUGAAAUAAAUCCUGUUGGUGACAAGAGUGUAAUCCUCUGGUUGUUGGUCACUCCAAUCAACCAGAAGCCGCGAUUGAAUGGAUCCUGCCUGCCUGGGCCCUGCCCAGCUACUGGCACACAGGCAGCCCACAGAGAACUGCUGACUGAAUAAAGAGUGGUGAGCCGGCUUUCUGACCUGUUCUGAUGCCACAUCAAAGGUAACUGUUCAGCCUCGCGGACAGUGGCCAAAGCUUCUCCUAUCCCCACCACAGCUUCUCUUCCUAUCUGGCCUCUUUGAAUGAAGUUAAGGGUCACCACAGUGAUUGGGUUUGUAUAUCCAACUUGAGGAUUCUGGUGUUGUUCAUGAUAUCUACUGACUAUCAUAGAUAUUGUGAGUUGAGUUGUGUCCCCCCCACCUCCGAAAAGAUAUAUCAAAGCCCUAAGUCCUGGUACCUGUGAGUGUGAUCUUAUUUAGAAAUGAGGUCUUUGCAGGUGCUAUUAAUAUGUAAGAUGCGGCUGUAGUGAAGUAGGAGGGGUCCUUAACCCAACGUGACUGGUGUCCUUUAAAGAAGAGAAGACACACACAGGGAAGAACAGCAUAUGAAGAUGGAGGCAGUGGUUGGAGUUAUGCAGCUGCAAGCCAAGGGAUGCCUAGGAUUGCUGGCAAAUAACAGAAGCUGAGAAAAGUGCAUGGAACUGGUUCUUCCCUAGAGCUUUCAGAGAGAGCAUGGUCCUGCCAACAUCUUGAUUUGGACUUCUAUCUUCCAAAACCAUGAGAGAAUAAAUUUCUGUUGUUUUAAGUCA